CCAAACAGCAAGAGCUUUGACAGACACCCAAGUAUCACCAACAUGAGGAGGAACUGCAACCUGGAACUUCGCCUUUUUCCCUACUCCGAUUCCGACCACCACCCCAAGGUGGAAGAGACAAGUGGAAGCCCACAACAGAAACACCAGGAGCAACUGCAACAGCAACAGCUGACAAUCUUUUACAAUGGCAAGAUUUGUGUUUCUGAUGUUACAGAAUUUCAGGCCAAAACCAUUCUAUUUCUUGCUGCUAGAGAAAUGGAGGAAAGGCUGAGGACUCCGACAGGGUCGUCGGAGCCGUGUUCGCCAGCGCUGAAAUCUCCGGCAUACAGCCCUACAUCUGGUCUUUACAUGAAGAAAUCGCUACAAAGUUUUCUCCAGAAGAGGAAGCAUCGGAUCCAAGCAACAUCACCAUACAAUCAUUAGGUAGCUAGCUAGCUAUUAAGCUAUAUAUAGGCAAGUAGAAUAUAUAUAUGGAUCUAAUUACAUUCAAUGGUUUAAUGUGCUGGAGAGAAGGGGAAAAAAAAUGAUGUUGUAGAGUUUCCUACAAAUCAUUUUUUUUUUUUUUUUUUUUGUGUCAAAGUUAUGGAGAUUUGAGACUUGUAAAUUAUUCGUUUAUUGAAGCUUUUUAAAUGGAAUA